CAUCUCUGAUGGCUUUCCUUAAUAAAUGUCCACCCUUCUAAAGGUUCGAUGCUUCCCGGUGAGGGAAGCCAGCUGGUAAGAUCACGUUUAAACUUCUUUGUGGCCAGCAGAAACUUGCUGCAUGUCGCCAGCUGUCGCUUGACGGGGAUGUCCGUCUCGCCGCAAGCAUGUUCAGCACCGCGCUGCCCACACAGGUCUUAGUUCCCAUUGUGUACACAAGUACCGCAUAACCAGCCCCUAGCAUGUUUGUUCUCAGCCCCGAAGUGUCAGGUGUGCCUGGUGGCAGUUAUCUUGGACGCUUCCCUCUCUUCACAUCCCCUACUUCCCGCGGCCUGUUUUUAUCAUUAACCCGCAACUCAGGUCUCGCAUAUUUUCCCUCACUCCGACUCUUUCUCCUCUUUGACUUCUUAAAUAAGUUUCGCUUCUUUGUGUAUGAAAAUUGUGUUAUGUGAGAACGGCGAGAGCCUGUGACCAUGUUGCCAAAGCAGUUCCUGGCACUAUCUUCCAUCUUCGUGGGAUCCUGGGCCCAGAAGGCCCCUGAGACCGUGGAACCGGAGAUCACCAAGGCCCCCUCAUCGACGACAAAUACUGCUACUCCAACGGCAAUCACGACACACACGAUUAACGUUGGUGCAGCUGGACAUAAGUUUACUCCUAAUGAUAUUAAAGCGGAUGUCGGAGAUAUACUCGAAUAUCGUUUCUAUCCCGAUGCGCACUGGGUAAUUCGAGGAGACUUUGGCUACCCAUGCAUCCCAUACGAGUACGUUGAUGUAGAUAGGACAGGCUUCUCAAGUGGCCUCCAGCCCGUCAAGGCUAUUACCAACGAUGCUCCCCGAUUCCGGGUAAGAGUCAAUAAUACUGAACCCAUCUUUUAUUACUGCGGUGCUCCUGGAUCUUGUGUCAGGUACCAUAUGAUGGGCGUUGUCAAUCCCUUAAAGAAUGAGACCUUGAAAGACUGGCUUAAAAAGGCAGAUGAUGUGGAUUACCAACUUAGGCCCGGCGAACCUUUCCCAAAGGAAGAAGGCUUCAACACCUCAACUACAUCUGCAAUACCCGAACCGACAGCAUCUGCAAUACCCGAACCGACCACCUCAGGCCAAACCGGCAGUUCAUCUUACCACCCCGCUAAUGGGAACAGUCUCGGCGGCGGCGCAAUUGCUGGCAUUGUAAUCGGUAGCGCGGCUGUCCUUCUUCUCACAAUUGGCGUUAUCUACCUCUGCGGCAGACGUGGUGGCUUCAACGAGGCAUAUCGCAAAGCCUUCGGCAGCAACGCCAUGCCUAGCAACCUGAACGGAACACUACCUGUGGUUGAACCUGGGGUCGGCUCGCCGAAUAGUACGGCCCCGGGUUACUGGGUGUACAAGCCUAUGAGUCCAAUAGCUAGCAGCUCCGGUCAGAGUCACGGCACUAGCCCACCGAUUACGCCUUCCCACAAUUUCCCGCUGGAUGUUACAAGGAUGAUGUCGCAAGACAGGAGCAGCUUGAACACAAACUACGUCCCUAACUCCAAUGACCUCACAACUCGCCCUCCGCCUCUACCACCAAAGGAAGAACCUGUCGCGUCAGCUGAGUUGCCUGGGCAAAGACUCGAGGAACCAGCAGUUGAGCUGCCUAAUUCUGAGAGCGUGGGGAGCUAGGCUUUGCAGACAUGGAACACAAGGCAGGCAACAACGUUCUUGCAGCCGGGUAAGGGGAUGAGGUGUUGGCCUUUAAAGUAAGACUUAGGAUCAGCUCUGAAAGUUAUCCAGAUUGUAUUAAAAGCGGGCAAUAGUGGGUUUGCAUAAAAUUAAGGUAUAUUUAAGAGGGUGGAAAGUGUAUUUAGUAAGGUAAAUAGGAGUAACUAAGG